AUGCUCCCACAGGUCAUUCGGAUUCUGUAUGUCUUGUCUUUCUGCUUUUUCCAAGGAGGCUUUAUCAGACUGAGCUCCUGUAAGGAGGAGAUAAAGCCCCCCAGCAGGGCAGGACCACAGCUGUCACCUUCUGACUUCCUGGACAAGCUCAUGGGGAAAACGUCAGGAUAUGAUGCCCGCAUCAGACCCAACUUCAAAGGCCCACCUGUGAAUGUCACCUGUAAUAUUUUCAUCAACAGCUUUGGGUCGAUCACAGAAACUACCAUGGACUACAGGCUCAAUGUAUUUCUACGGCAAAAAUGGAAUGACCCUCGUCUGGCAUACAGCGAAUACCCCGACGACUCCCUUGAUCUGGAUCCAUCCAUGUUGGACUCUAUCUGGAAACCUGAUUUAUUCUUUGCAAACGAGAAAGGAGCCAAUUUCCACGAGGUCACUACUGAUAACAAGCUGCUGCGGAUUUUCCAAGAUGGCAGUGUUCUUUACAGCAUCAGGCUGACUCUUACCCUGUCCUGCCCUAUGGACUUGAAGAAUUUCCCAAUGGACAUUCAGACCUGUACCAUGCAGCUUGAAAGCUUUGGUUACACCAUGAAUGACUUGAUCUUCGAGUGGCUGUCAGAGAACCCUGUUCAGGUGGCUGAUGAUCUCACUCUACCCCAGUUCGUGCUAAAAGAAGAGAAGGAUUUGGGCUACUGCACUAAAUACUACAACACAGGUAAAUUCACCUGCAUUGAGGUGAAGUUCCACCUGGAGCGUCAGAUGGGUUACUACUUGAUCCAGAUGUACAUCCCCUCCCUCCUCAUUGUAAUCCUCUCGUGGGUGUCUUUCUGGAUAAACAUGGAUGCUGCACCAGCCAGAGUUGGUCUGGGCAUCACCACUGUCCUGACAAUGACCACACAGAGCUCUGGUUCAAGAGCCUCACUGCCCAAGGUGUCCUAUGUGAAGGCCAUUGACAUUUGGAUGGCAGUGUGCCUUCUGUUUGUGUUCGCUGCCCUGCUGGAGUACGCAGCAGUUAACUUUGUCUCGAGGCAACACAAGGAGUUCAUCAGGCUGAGGAAAAAGCAGCGGCAGCAGAGAAUAGAGGAGGAACUGGUGAGGGAGAGCCGCGGUUUUUACUUCCGGGGUUACGGACUGGGUCAUUGCCUGCAGACCAAGGAUGGCACCGCCGUGGAGGGGGCCACCGUCUUCACCCCCCCGCCGCCACCAGUCACCAUGUACGACGGAGAAGUACUUCACAAGCGCUUCGUGGAUCGAGCCAAACGCAUCGACACCAUAUCCAGAGCCGUGUUCCCCCUGAGCUUUCUCAUAUUCAACAUCUUCUACUGGGUCACCUAUAAAGUGCUGCGACACGAGGACAUCCAUGCAAAUUUGUAA